AUGUCUCUACCAUUGGACUCAUCCACCUUGAUCAUCGGCACCGGCGUGCUUGGCAUCAGCACGGCAUUUCACCUGGCCAAGCGCGGCUACACAAACAUCACCUGCAUUGACAAGCACCCAGUGCCGAGCCCAGAAUCCGCAGGCAAUGACCUGAACAAGAUCAUCCGCGCCGAGUAUGAAGAGCCUCUCUACGCUGAGAUGGCUGUCGAGGCGAUGGCAGCCUGGAAGGAUGCGUACUGGGAAGCGGGCCGAUUGACGACAACCAGCGGUGACGUUGAGUAUGAAGAAAACUUGCGGCUCUCGUACAAAAACCUAAAUCGCCUGGGCCUUGCUGACACAAUUGAGUUCAUAAACGGCCGCGACGAUGUCCUCAAGUACUGUCCGAUUCUGUCAGCCUCGCCCGCAAUCGACACCUGGAAGGGACAAUGGAAUAGCCAAGCAGGGUGGGCACAUUCCAGAGCGGCCAUGGAACGGUGGGCGUCCGAGGCACGGGCAAUGGGCGUGAAAUUUCUCUCCGGCGCUGCGGCGACCAUGUCCGGGCUUGAGAUUGACCAGAAUGAGCAGCUCGUCGGCGUCAGAGUCGAGUCCGGGGAUGUGCUGUCUGCGGACCGGUACAUUCUGUGCGCGGGCGCGGCAUCACCGCGUCUUCUCCCGGACCUGCUGUCUCCCGUCCUCCGACCUGUGUGCACACUCGUUGGGCAUCUCGAACUCACGGACGACGAAUACUCGCAGUGGAAAGGAAUUCCAGUGAUUGACAACCUCGAGUUGGGCUACGCGUUCGAGCCCGAACAUGAAACCAGAAGUAUGAAGAUCGGAGGCGCGCACAGAUACGGACGACGGACCGCCACAGACGAACGCAUGGAUCACACGUGGAAUACCGACAAUGGCACAGCCAAUUUCGCCUCUGCUGGCGACAAUGGCGGCGGGAUGGUGAAGGUCCCAAAGGAAGCUCUCGAAGGCCUUCAGCGGUUCAUCUCGGCAGUCACGCCCGGAUUGGCGGGUAAGCCGCUCGUGGGGGCACGGCUCUGCUGGGAUGCUGACACUCCGGAUGGGCAUUUCCUGAUUGACAAGAGCCCCCGGCAUGCCAAGCUGCUUAUUGCGAGCGGAGGCAGUCAGCAUGCGUUUAAAAUGUUUCCAGUAAUUGGCGGGUACAUCGCAGACGCGCUUGAGGGCAGGAAGAGAGGUCUUCGGCCUGAGUGGAGACUCGGGCCUCGAUCUGAGUCCAGAGAUGCAAUGUGGCCGGACGACGAGAUCAAGAAUAUCGAGGACGUCGAAAUGGUGAUUGUUUGA